UCACCUAUAAAACCAAAUAUCACCAGCAAUUAAACUAUGCAGUACGGUUUUAAGCCCUAACUUAGUUUUCGCUGAAAGCAGACCACCUUAUAACUGUUUACCAUUCUUUGUCUUGGAGCAUAUAACCGCUGUGCCUCUACAUUAUGGGUAGAUCACCGUGUCGUGAGGAGAUUAGUGGUGUAAAGAAAGGACCAUGGACACCAGAAGAAGAUGAGAAGCUGAUUGAUUAUAUCAGCAAACACAGCCAUGGCAGUUGGAGAACGCUUCCAAAGCGUGCAGGGCUUAAUAGAUGUGGUAAGAGCUGCAGAUUAAGGUGGACAAACUAUCUGAGGCCUGAUAUCAAGAGAGGCCAAUUCACUGAAGAAGAUGAGAGAACUAUCAUCAACCUUCAUUCAGUUCUGGGAAACAAGUGGUCGAAGAUUGCAGCUCAUCUGCCAGGGCGAACUGAUAAUGAGAUCAAGAAUUAUUGGAACACUCACAUAAGGAAGAAGCUUCUAAAGAUGGGUAUUGAUCCAGAAACUCACAAGCCAAGGACAGACUUGAAUCACCUCAUGAGUCUUUCUCAGUUGCUUGGUAUGUCAAACUUGAGCAGUGUUAUGAGUAGUACUUGGGGCAAUAACCAUCUUGGUUUACAACCAGACAUCACUCAGCUAGCCAAGAUACAACUGCUGCAAAAUCUUUUGCAACUUAUGAACAGCAAUUCAUUUGUUAACAUGGGUAACCCUUACCUCUUUGGCAAUCCCAACCUCAACCCUUUAUUUCUGAACGGCACAAACCCCCUCCAAACUAAGGAGCCUGUGGUGUUAAGUGGUAGUGAAAGAUUUGCUAACCCUAGUGUGUACUCUCAAGCACAAAGCGAGUGCUCUCAGCAACAGGAUGUUUCAAAAUCAUUGGCAGAUGUGGAGGGUGGAUCCAUUCCACAAGAUCUUGAUUACAGCAAAAUUAGCCCCACCAACACCAAUCAUUCACGUGAAAAUCAAGAAGAAAACCCUCUCCCUGCAUUAGUUGCUGCCUCUCCGAGGAUGGGAACCUUAAACCCAAUGGGCAGUGGUUGUGGUAACUUAGGACAAUCGAGCGAAGAGUCACCUUCGAACACAUUCUUUGAUGAUUGGGAGAAGUUGUUUGAUGAUGAAAGAAGCGGUUCCUAUUGGAAAGAGAUUCUAGAGUAA